AAAUUUGUUGUCACGUGACACAUAUUCUGUCCAAAAUGUCGGAAGACGGCACUGAACGAAAGUUAUUCGGAAAUAUUGCAAGAAAUCAAACUAAAUAUGGAUCUACAACAAAACCCCAACCAAAAUUCACUAAAUAUGUAAAACAUAUAGUAUCCAGAGUUGAUACAUUGCAGGGUAUAUCUCUUAAAUACGGAGCAACGGUUGAACAAAUAAAAAGAGAAAACAAAUUAUGGACAAAUGACAGCUUGUUUUUACGUGAGCACUUAUACAUUCCUGUUACCAGUGAAAACAGUUAUAUGGUACAAGACGACUGGGAACUACUUUCUUCAGAUGAAGUGAGGUCAAGGUCAAACAGUGAUUUUUCUACCUCAGAUGAUCAGUGUAGUUCAGGUGCUUGUAAUGAUGUAAGUCAGGGUGCCAAAAGAGACACAAGUAGUGCUAAUGACACUAAAGUUUCAAAUGGAAGCGAAAGUUCUGGAAUGGACUUCUUUAGCAAAUAUGAUUCAAGUUUUGCAAAUUUGAAAAGUAAAGUGGAAAAUUUAGAAAAAUCUUCAAGUGAUUCAGGGCAAGAAGCACCAGUGCAAAGUCACCGUGACGACAAUCUCAGUUCUCUUAUUCCAAGACGUCAUUCUGACAUCACACACUCUUCUCGUGCUGCGCAACCGACGAGAAAAAUUUCAUUGGAGGACCCUGAUAGUCCAGUGCUUGUUAUACGAUCAAAUAUGAAGUCAAGUAAAGUCAAAACUGCCGUUAAACGGUCCGAAAAAGCAAAUGAUGAUUUGUUUGAAUUAUGAUUUUAUAUAUUACAACAUUUUUAUCUAUAUAUAGAAUGCUGAUUACAUUGUGAUUACAUUUGGAUGAUUUUUUUACAGAAAAGAAGGGUAAAGUGAAUUUCUAAUACAUAACUAUAAUGAUACAAAAAAACACCUGCUGUCUAAUUGAUGAAAACAGCUUUAAUGAAUUAUGAUUGUCAUUUUUCUAAUGGACAAUUUAAAGAAAAAAAGACAAAGGAACCACCUAAACUCUUUUAAAUGAAAUACAUGUAAUAAUAGUUCUGAUCAAUUCUAGUUGGUAUACAUUUAUACUAGCAAAAAUACUUUAUGAAACAGGGUAUGUAUUUAAAUUGAUCUUAAGCUUAUAUAUUUUAAGCUAAUUAGGAAAGUGAAAGGAAAAAAGUUAAAUUAUUGACCAUGUUUUAAGCUUUCUGCAGAAAGUGCAAAGAUGAGCUGUUGUGAUCUCCUAGAGUCCGUUAUCUGACUGGUUCUCUACAGAAUAUUUAUAUAUCAUGACCUGUGAAGUUAUCAAAAUGACCCCCCCACACCCUCCUAAAAAAAACAACAACAAAAAUAAUGACCAUGUAUAAAUCUAGAAAUGAUAAUAAUAAUAUUAACUUCACUGAGGUCCAAGAGCUUAAAAUAAAAUAUUUGAAUUACUUACAUAGAUCAACUGGGGCACUCAAAACAGAAACAUAUGCAAAAGAUAAUACAGAAAUAUGCUCACAAUUUAUUUGGCCUUUUUUAACACUUGAGUUUUAAUUUUUUUUAACAAUUAUGAAGAUAUUAUUUUGCAAGAACGAGGUGAGCGAAUAGGUAUUAUAUUUGUACAAGUUACUGAUACAGAACUAUAUCAAAUGAUAUAUUAAUUUUGAAAAAAAACAUUUCUAGUCCUGUCAUGUAAAAAAACAAAACUAACAGAAAUCCUGCAUUGUGGAGUGGUUGUCUGAAUCAAGGGAUGUGAAGGAACGUCUUCCGAAGGAAAUGUCUAACAUUGAUUAUAGAUAGUUGAAUACUGUCAGUGUUUAUUUUAUAAUAUAAACCAGUGUUAUUAUGCUGAUGUCAUAUUGCUGUGAUUAUUUUGUUUUGGACAAUGCACUACUAUUUAUAAACUUUUUACCUUAUAUUUUUAUCAUCUACAUGUAUAUUCAGUUUGAUAAUUUUACAUUUUUAACUCACCUUAGAAAAACUUGAUCAUAGGCGAGCUAUUGAGAUCACCAAAUAUCCUGUUGUCAUUUUGAAUUUAGAGUGGCAGCAUUUUCUUUCUAACUUAAACCUGUAAGGCCUAUCUAAUUUGUUUUUCCUCCCAGAAAUUUGUUGCCUAUAUUUAAGUAAUAAACUAGGUCAAAUUAAAUGAAAAAUUGUACACAUACCUAGACUUUUUUUAAUAAAACUUUUAUCAGAAUGCUUAUUUGAUAAGUAACUUAUCAAGUUGAAAAAAUAUAUGUCUAGGGUCACUUUGUUAAAUCUGGAAAAUGAUUAACCAACAUUUUUAAAUUACCUCCCUUACUAACACAUUAGUCAGCUUUGGAGUAAUCUUCUUGAGCGAUGCUGAGUGGCCUCCUUGUUUUGAAUGAAUAUUGCCUUGUUAAUUUGAUGACUGUCAAGGUUUAACAAUACCAGAGCUAAAGGAGUGUCAUCACUAUAAACAGAUGUCAGGGUUGAACUAAUGUCAAGAUUAUAAUCUGAUUUACCAUUGUAUAGAAUAUACAUCAUUUAUUGUAGAAUGUUUGUUUAUUUGUUCUAUGAACAAAUAAAUAUCUUGUGUUACAUGUUUUUAGCGUCUCUGAACAUAUGAUUAUGUAAAUAUUAAUAUAUCUCAGUUUUUCUAUGUCUGCUGUUGAGACUCAUCAUAACUAAUGUAAAAUUUGCACGAUUAUCAGUAAGGCUAUUAGUAGCAAUAACUUGUAUAUUAAUCAUUUUGAUAGUUUUUAUAAUUACUUUAUUGGUUAAUGCUGGUGAUAUAUUCUCAUUUGCUGACUUACCACUAGGGUUUGAUACCCAGGAAUGAAUAAUUAAGGACUGUUGGUGCUUCUUCCAAAUGUUUUGCUUGCAGGUUUGAAGUAAUGCCAAGGGUGGCUCCAUGACUGAUUAGUCAAGGUCACUGACUUCAUAUCACUCACUACUCAACGCUGAUAGUUCAAGUCCCAUCAGGGACUUUGGAUUCUUUCAUGUUAGUAAGCUAUCUGACACUGAAGGUCAGUGGUUCUACUGAGGUACUCAACUUUACGGGAAAUAAUGUACAAGAUAUUGCUGCACCAGUAAAACUGGAAAGUCGUCAUAUGUCGCCUCUAGAUUAUAGUCCCAACAAAAAUAAAUGAUGUGGUAGGAGUGUCAGAACACAUACAAUAUAUUAAAUAGAUUAAUUAUACCGGUAAAUAUAAUUUGUUACACUCAAUACAAUGUUUUCUGUAGACUCAUUUGCUAAGAUACAAUUCUACAACAGCCGUUAAUAAUAGAUUGAAUUGAUAACGCUUUGUCAGCAUUAACUUGUCAUUGCCAAAUGCUUCGUUUAUUCCUGAUAUUGUAUAUAAAAUUGUAUAUAAAUUUUGUAAGAAGUUAAAUACACACAUUCAUCUUUCAUGAUUUUAUAUAGACAUUAAUAUUACAGUAACAUUACAUUUGUAUACACUAUGAUCCAAGUAAGUGUUGUAUAUCAUAAAUAAUUCACUACUGAAUAUAUGCAUGAAAUUAUUUGAUUUUGUUACAUUAAUUUUUAAGAUAAAUCUCUAACAAGGACGGACAGCGCAAUAUUUUCCAUUGUAUUUAAGUAUACUAUACCCUUUAAAACAUACGGUGAAUCAUUUCUAUAAGAUGUAAUAAUACUUUUUUAUUAGGGUAUGAAGAUUCUUUUUAAAGGUUAUCUUUGUGGUCUCCUUGUCUAUUUUAGCUCUACUAUUCGAAGAAUAUGGAGAGCUAUUGCGAUGGCAUCCAUGUUGGCAUCUACGUUGGUUAAAAUAUUUUGUAAAGUCAAAUAUCUCAAUUAUUGCUUCAGAUAUUCAAUUGAAAUUUACAAUACUUUUUUAUAGUAACAAUGUACAUCAGUUUGAAAAGUUGCAUAACUCUGCCUGCAAUGUUGCAGAAUAAUGCCCCUUUUGAAACUUAGAAAGUUUGGUUAAAGGUUUAAGGUCUUAAGAACUAUCAAAGAUAUUUUCUUGAAACUUUACACAUGUACUGAUGGUCAUAGUUGAAGGUCACAUCUCAAGAUCCAUUACUCUGCCAUGUAUUUUGACAUAUUUAUUAUGCUCCUUUUGUACUAAGUUUUACAUAUCUCAAUAACUAUCAGAGAUUUUAAUUUGAAACUUAACAUAAUUUGCAUGAAGGGUUAUAAAUGUAUGUCACUGACCAAGUGCCAUAAUUCUAUCUUUCAUUUAGGCUGAUUUAUCUCCCUUUUUCUACUUAGUCUCUUGGUUAAUGUUUACAUGCAAGUUUUACAUAUCUCAAUAAUAUCAAAGAUAUUUAUUUAAAACUUCACAUAUGCAUUUAUGGUCAUUAUUGCAGGUCACUGACCAAGUUCCAUAACUCUAUCUUGCAUUUAGGCUGAUUUAUCUCCCCUUUUCUACUUUGUCUCUUGGUUAAUGUGCUUUUGCUAUCAUAAUUAUUCACAUCUUUAUUAAGACUGACACCUUUACUCAUUGCAGGUUGACCGAAAGUGUACUUUGUUCAAAAGUGUUUUUGCUUUGUUCAAAUGUUUAUUUGCUUUUAUGAUAUUCAGAUUCUUAUUUGUAACUUAAGCAUUUUACGGCAUCUUCCAUUUUGUAUAUUCAUGAAUACUAAUAAAAAGUACCAGUUGUUUCAUAUAUAACUGCAUUUUUUUUAAUAAAUAUUUCAAUUUUCACUUGCAGUACUUCAAACUUCUUUUCAAAAGCCAUUUUCAUAAUAAUAUUCAGAUAGAUAUAAAAUGCAUUUCCAUAAACCAGCCAUGCGCACAGGUAAGAGUGCUGGUCUGUCAAAAGGUAGACCUGUAUACAAUCCCUGUCCUUUCCAUUAGUCCAAUGCCAUUAUUUUGAUAACUGUUCUUAUUGUCGAGCAUGCUGUCAUAGGAUAGCUCUGAUUUGCUUAUUUCCAAUUUUAUGCCCCUUUUUGCUUGACUAUUCAUUAAGAAUCAGUAGAGCUAUUGUAGGCACCCGAGCGUGGGCAUCGGUGUCGGCGUCAGCGGAACCACUUAUGUUAAAGUUUUUGUAAUACAAAAUGUACCUCAAAUAUUUUCAAAGUCCAUGGACAUAUGGCUUUGAAACUUUGCAUACUUGUUCACCAUCAUGACCCCAACCUGUAGACAGGAGUAGGUAACUGUAUCAAGCAUUUUGACAGAAUUAUGCCCCUUUUUCAACUUAGAAUUUACGUUAAAGUUUUUGCAAUACCUCAAAUAUUUUCAAAGUCCAUUGACAUAUGGCUUUGAAACUUUGCGUAGUUGUUCACCAUCAUGACCCCAACCUGUAGUCAGGAGGAGGUAACUGUAUUAAGCAUUUUGACAGAAUUAUGUCCCUUUUUGACUUAGAGUUUAUGUUAAAGUUUUUGUAAUACCUCAGAUAUUUUCAAAGUCCAUUUACAUUAUGGCUUUGAAACUUUGCACACUUGUUCACCAUCAUGACCUCAACCUGUAGUCAGAAGGAGGUAACUCUAUGAAGCAUUACAAUUUACAUUAGAAUUUACAUUUAAAUUUGCAUACCACCUCAGAUAUUUUCAUAUUCUAUUGACACAUGGCUUUAAAGCAAGUUGAAAUUUUAUGCUUCUCUUUGAGAGUAUAAAAGGACUCUCUUCAAGGUCUAAAACUGUAACAUGGAUUUAAAGGCAAAUUUUGCCUUUUUGUUAACUUAGAAAAUUUUACAUUAUCAAGGCUUUUUUUACUAUCAAGCACUAAGAAUAGUCGAACGUUGCUGUCCUACAGACAGCUCAAUGAAACUCAUGGUUAACUUUUUGCUUGUAAGCUGGUAUCUCCCUAACUACUGAAGGGUUAACUUUUUGCUUGUAAGCUGGUAUCUCCCUAACUACUGAAGGUAAUGGAAUGAAACUUAACAUACAUUUUCACUGUGAUUUUUUAACAUGAUUGGCACAGGUCCCAUAACUCUGAUUUACUUAUUUACAUAUUUAUGCCCCUUUUUAUACUCAAUGAAACAUCCUUGUACUACUCUAUCGAAUAGUCAAGCAUAAUGCUGUCUUCUGUCAGCUCUUGUUUAAGAAAAAACUGUUAGGUUUUGCUGUAUUUAAAACAGUUAAAUGAUAUAAUAUAAUUUCAUAGUAUAAUCAUUAUCUUACAACUUUUGUAAUUAUGUUGAAUGUUAAUUAUAGGUAUUUUCUGUAACAGGGUCACACGGCAAAAGUUUUCUGUUAGAAUACAAAAAAAUGAUCUAAUUGUAUUUAUAUGUUGAAUGUUGAAGAUAUUUAUAGAAUGUUGAAUAUAUUGAGUCUAGUGUAGUGUUGUCAUUGGUAGAUGGAAUGAAUUGUGAUCUGUGCAAUAAUGUAUAAAACAGUUUGAUCAUAUCAAAGAAUAAAAUUGCUAGUUUA